AUGGCUUGCUCCAAGAGACAUGCUCAAGGCAAAGUCAGAUAUCUGGCUCGAGACGAUUUGUACAGCACGGAAAAGCCGUACUCUGCGGGCUUUGCCGUCGACGAACGGAACGGCGCAAAGAGGUCAAACAUCAUUACUACGGAUUGUGACGUCCAAGUAAGGCCAGUAGCCAGUCGAGAUGUCUUUGACAUGAAUGCCAAUGGGUUCUGUAUCCUGAACGAGGUUACGAGCUUGACGCUGGAGGAUGCACUCGAUAGACCAGAGGAAGCGGAGCUGAAAUAUCACGCCGAACUUGAACAGAUCCUCCACAAGCAUUUUCCAGAAUAUACGAGACUCGAGGGCCUCGAUUUCGUAGUUCGGAGACGGCAUCCUCAUUAUCCCUCGGACAGAGUAGAGUUUGUCAAAUACGAACAGCCCGCGGCCAUAGCACACAGCGACUACACACCCGGAGGCGCAAUCGCACAACUCAAAGGAUCUUUUCCGGGACAGGAGGCCCACUUUCUAGACAAGGAAUAUGACAUGAUCAAGUGUGAUCUCCUCUGUGUCUGGAAACCACUGAUCGGACCCAACAACGACUGGCCGCUAGCUCUGUGCGACUAUUCUACCAUCCAACCCACCGAUAUCGUCCAGGCGGAUGUGCUGCAUGUGGACCGCAUUACCGAAAACCAACUGCUAUACCCAAAUGCUCAACACCGUUGGUACUAUAUAGAGAACCAGCAGGAGACCGAUCUGAUUGUGUUCCGGAACGUGGAUAGCACGGGGAAACGAGCAGGUUUUGGGUUCCAUGCCGCCCUCCUGAAUCCGGGUUCAGAAGGCCCACCACGUACGAGCGUCGAGGUUCGAUUUGUCGCUUUCAGAUAG